AUGGCUUCAACGAAUCUAAGACCCGAGAGCGCCUUCUUCCAGCUCCCGGCUCACUACGGCUUCAAGGUUGAAGACACGGUCCGCUUCCAACGGGAUCAGCGGGUUGAUGACGACGACAAGCUCAUCGGCAGCUGCAACAGCAGCACGCCUCGCGCAGGCGCGGGGAGCGUCCUCGCGGCGAAAAUCUGCGAUGCCCUUGCCCGACACGGCUACGAAGACUCCAUCAUCCGAAAAGUCGGCGGUCUCGUCACCAGCAACAUGAUGACCUGUGCAUCGACGCAAGUAGGCGAGGAGGCUGGGCUGGAGACCAUGCCUCCCCGGGCCGAGGACGAUCAGAUGGAUAUGCAGCGGACGAUUGAGCUGAUGUUGCGAGGCUUGCUUGAUAAGAGCACACCUAGUUCACACACCGUCAAUGUGAAUUCGAAUGAGCCCGUGCUACUUGUCAAUGGCUUUGAUAGGAUUGAGAAACAUCGCUUCGCGGUGUUGGUACAUAAGACUGUACAGCAACUGCAGAAGGAUUGGAAUGUUUGGCCUGUGAGGGUGUAUGCGGGUCGCUAUUUUCCGACCAGUGGAGAUGGGUUUUCAGUUACCUUGCUCAAUGUGGUGAAUACAGAUAUCGGGGGCCCGAGUAUGGUGCAAUUGCUUGAUGAGCAUACUGAUUCUUCCGAAUGGAAGCAGUUCUUGAGGCGGGAGGUGUGGAGAGAUAGAGACCUUGUCUCCGUCGAAGAGGGUCAUUGGGUUUCUGGCGAGGACGACGACAAUGUUUCUGAUGGCGGAUCGGUGCACUCUUUCCAAAGCAACAGUUCAUACGCCCCCGAGUCGGUAUUGCGUCUGGUGAUAGAGAAAUCGCCAAGGGCACCUCACUCACCAAGUUUAGCCGCAGAAGACUCUGACGUUGGCGAAGCGGUACUGGAGAGUCCAUUGGGUCUGGAUGAGAAGGCUGUCGAGGAUGAAAUGAAAGGUGACAGCGAUGUUGAUUCGGCGUUUGCCGCCGUCGAGGAUGAAAAGAGUGGCUCGAUACUGGAGAAACGAGAAAUGUCUGAGCGAAACAUUGUGCAUCCAACCUGGGACCGGCGCCAUGACAGUACCUCAUUGAUCGAUCUGAUCCGAUUGCAAGCAUUGGACAUCCCCCCCUUGGGAGUUGAUGAGGAAACCAGAGUCGAGAGUUUGGACACCGCAGCGACCGAGCCAACCCCAUCUGAGCCAUCGAAGAAGGACGAUGACUCAUUCGUUUUGUUGUAG